AUAUACGCGUGUGGAAGCUGAUGGCAUUGCUGACGUUCGUCGACGCGCUGGUUCACGUCGCGGACGCCGGUUCGCUGAAAUUUUGCACCACGGAGAAAAGAUCGGAGAGACAGAACGACGCCCUGAUGAGGUCGUGCGCCAAUCUCAAGCUCAAAUCCUCGGACAUCAGCUGCGUCGUAGCGAGCGAUCGACUCUCGUGUCUGCGCAUGAUCCAGGCGGGCACGGCGGACUUUACCGUGCUCGAGCCCGAGGAUCUGUCGCUCGCCACGCUGAGCACGGCCAAGGAGGGCGACGCCGCCGUCGACAUCAGGGUGACGCACGAGCUGAGGAUGUUCGACAAGGGCCAGCCCCAGCUGGACGUGGAGAUGAUAGCCCUGGUGAAGAAUCGCUUCGACAACAGGUGGGUGACGAAGAACAAGAAGCUCUGCUACAUCGGCCUCGAGAUCGGCCACAGUCAGAAUUAUCAUUAUCAUUACACGACGUACUUCGAACGAUGGCUCAUACCGAGGGGCUGCGAUCGCAACAAGACCCUGCUGGAGAACAGACUGGCCGACCUGUCGAGUCACUUCGAGUCGGCCUGCAUUGCCGGCCCUUGGUCGCUGGACUCCGUCUACGACGGUCGAUUGAAAUCCAAGUACAGGAAUCUCUGCGCCCUGUGCGGCAGCCCGUCGGGCUGCUUCGAGGGCGACAAGUUCUACGGCCUGCAGGGCGCGAUCAAUUGCCUGCUGGAGAACGUCGGCGAUAUCGCCUGGCUCAGCCGCAGUCACGCCCUUCCCUACUUCGCGGAAUUGGCGAGCUACGGAUUCAGUCUGCUGUGCCCCGACGGCAUGUUCAUUCCUCUGUCGGUCAACAAGACCUGCACCUGGAUCGCCGAGCCGAGAUCCGUCAUAGCCGCGAGAAGCGACGUGGCUGACCUCGUGUCCAAAAAAGUCUCCGACGUCCAGGAGCUCGGCAAGGACUUCUAUCCCGUGAUCCACGCCACGUACAAAUUUUCCUAUCUCGCGUCGACGCGGCCUCUGAGCCCCGAGGAUUACAUGCUAAAAUUCCAGGGAUACCUGAGCGCCAAGGGCGAGAAGACCUGCCAGCCGGAGCGCGAGGUGCGCUGGUGCGUGGCGUCCAAUCUGGAGGCGAGCAAGUGCGGCUGGCUGCAGUCGGCCGCUGCGGCACUCGACGUCGAGCCCAGGAUCUCGUGCAUCCAGCAGAGGGACCGCCAGGCGGCACUGGACGCCGUGCGCGACGAUCGCUGCGACGUCUUCGUGGCGCGGCCCCACGAGGAGAUUCACGCGAGAGGUAUGAAUCUCACGCCGAUCGUCCAUCUCAUAUCCAAGCAGAAUUUGGACUCGAGCAGAUACGCCGCGAUCGUGCGAAAAGACGCGAAAUUCCGGAGUUUCGACGAUCUCAAGGGUAAAAGAGCCUGCUUCACGGCAAUCAAAAGCGUCGGCUGGAACGCAUUUUAUUCCGCCAUCAGAGGCUCGUCGCCUCGAUUGCCCUGCGACGACGUGGAAGCCGUGUCGCGAUUCUUCAAUCGGUCCUGCGUCUACGAUCUGGACGGCAGGGAAAAAUCCUCGCUGCCGGAGAAUCUCUACUCGCUGUGCAAUCAGUCGCACUUCGAGAAGAGCCUCGGGCCCGAGGAGAACACCUUCAAGUGCCUCAUGAACGGCGCCGACGUGGCCUUCGUCAAUGUCGGCGCUGCCAAGCGGUACUACUCGGGCUUCUCGAUUUUCCACAUGAAUUACCGUACGCUGUGCGAGAACGAGGAUCGACUCGACGAGGGGCCGUGUUUCUUGGCCGAGACAACACUGGGAUCGGUCUUGGGGCGUAAAAAUAUCACCCAAGUCAGGAGGGAAGAGAUUUAUCAGCUCUUUUUGCAGCUCGAUCGAUUUUUCGGCAGGACGCACGACCGCGAGACGGCCAUGUUCAUGAUGUACAAUACGUUCGACGGCCAGAGCGACGUCAUUUUCCCGGAUCAAACUCAGCUCAUACAGAGACACGUGUCCGAUCUCCGACACAGUCGUACGUACGAGGAGGUCUUAGCGAGCCUACAGGACAAGGUGGAGUGCGGCUCGUCCGGAGCCCCGACCGUCGCGAGCAGCGCCUGGACGAUCUCGGCGAUCGCCGUCCUCGGCUUACUGCGAAUACUGUGAUCACUUGGACCGUGAAAGAUGAUUAUGUGACCAGACGAAAUAAAAGAAAAAAUAUUGUUAGCGAACUGUUUCAACGAUUUAUCAUGUAAAAAUUACUGUAAAA